UAAAUAACAUAAGAAUGCUCAAUUACGCGGACGAGAGAAAAUAACGAUCAGUAUCCGAGUUAUCAUUUGAAGCAUGUACAGACGAUGAACAUGAGAUCGAAGAAUCUGUGGAUAUCAAUGUAAACAUGGAAAUUGAUAAAUUAAACGUAAGGACUAUCGAGGAGAUCGUGCGACAAGUACAACGCGAAUUAUGUUUGAUCAAAUUAUGCUGGCCCUACGUUCCAAUGACGGACGACUCUUAUACGCGAUUACUUCCGGAUACUUACCGAUGCGUCAACGACAAGGAGAGACUAUUGCUGUGGCACACGGAAAACUUUCGUCGACAGUUUCAUGCGAAGUCCAUGGAUCGCCGACCGUUGUUACUGGCAUGUGAAAACGAAUGCGGCAUACAGAAAAUGGUAUCUACGAGCAUCCGACGAACUACAUUGCCAUGUCCUGCGAUGUGCACGUGGCGCGGAUGCGUAAAGUUUCUUAGUGACCACAUAGAGUAUCAGUCACCGGAUAAAAUGGAAAUUACUAUGGUAAGUAAAGUGGUUUCAGUAUUAUUACAGGACAAGUUCUUUUUUUAGGGAUCGGAUCAUUAUUCUACAGAUGCAUUAAC